GUCAUCACGCGCAAUGGAAUUCCAUACAAACUCGCAGUCAGUUUUGGUUUUGCACAUGCUGCGAGCAAACUCCCGCCCGAGGCCGGCCGGUGGCGGGCAGCGGACAAGGCAGACCCAGGCCUCGACGUGGACUCGAGCCGCCACGCCAAGCCGCUCUGCGCGCCCCGGCCCCGUCGCGUGACCUCGCCCGAGCUCAUCUUCCGAGACUCGUCCCUCGACCGGUGCGAGAAGGAAGAGCUCUGCGCCCACCAAGACGAGUUUGAAGCGCUUUUAGGCGACCGCGCCAAGUGGCACUUUCGCUCGAUCGUGCAGCGGCCGGACGUCGAGCUCACGAGCCCGCCAACGCGAGCCGGCAAUCCCGUGAUCCUCGACUCCAAGUUUCACGCGUUCGCGUCGCCGCCAGCCGCAGCCUUCUUCUCGCGCCCAAAGAAGGCCAAGCUGAGCCCCGCCGACGGGCUAAGCAUGUCGUGUUGA